AUGAAGGAUCUUAGUCUUGACUAUGGAAACAUUUCUCGUUACCAACCUCCGAUAAGCAAGCAUAUCAGUAGAACGAAUAGCUUCCCCAUUGGUAAGUUGGAACAUGACCCGCUAUUCACGUCUGAGUUUCCACCUGCAAUAUCAGCAACCAAAGUCAGCAACUUCUGGAGAGCUCAGGAGUAG